ACGAAAACAACAAAUACGUACAUUUCAAAGGUUUCUGUAAAGUUCUGUGAGCCUUAUUUUGUUUUUGCAAAAUUCUAAGAAUGUCGAAUAUGUCUGGAGAAGAUUGUGACGGUCUAGACCGAGGCGAUAACGAUGGUCAGAAGUCGGAUAAAAUGUUCACGUUGAAGAAAUGGAACGCGGUGGCUAUGUGGAGUUGGGACGUCGAGUGCGAUACCUGCGCGAUUUGCCGCGUCCAAGUUAUGGAUGCCUGCCUCCGCUGCCAAGGCGAAAGCAAGAAGGACUCAUACGGCAAACAGGACUGCGUAGUGGUGUGGGGCGAGUGCAACCACAGCUUCCACUUCUGCUGCAUGUCGCUGUGGGUCAAACAGAACAACCGCUGCCCGCUGUGCCAGCAGGAGUGGUCCAUACAGCGGAUGGGCAAGUGAAGCUUCUGGCCCGCUCUCCCGAUGGCCACGGAAUGGACCCUCCGAGCGCUUCCGCUCAACGCUUACGCUGACCCCCUUACUUUUCUUUCAUCAAAUGUGUCGCUUAACUUCAAACUCGGGUAAAUCAAUUCGACCCUCUCAGCAAAUAUCCUAUUACCUUUUCUCAUAAUCUGACAGAUGGAUUUACCCGAAUUUGAAGUUAAGCGACUUAAAUGUAUGGCGAUCGGCGUCAGAAGGUCUACCGCGGAACACGAAGUUCGAAAUUUUGUUAUUUGCCUCUUUAUUAGUCUUGCAUAUCGGAAUGAUAGGAAGACAAAUAACGUAAUUUCGAUGUUCGUGUUUCGCGAUAGGCCUUCAGCAUCGAGCGUGCACGUUCUGAGCGUACGUUUUACGGCCGAGGCGUCUAAGUGCCACUAAGUGGCUCAAAAAUUGUAUUCUCUUUACAACCGUAUCUGUGUAGGGUACAGGUGUAUUCAUGUAUAGUCGCAUAUGUUAUAUAUAUGUCGGCGGCCGAUCGUAAGAUCAGGCAUAUCGUGAAAUUCCUAGGCAUAUCGUGAAACGUGAAAAUCUUUGACUCCUUCCCUGAGUCGACGGCGCCCCGCUACGCGGGGCUACUAUUUCUGGGCAGUUUGCCCUUCGGGCAUCUGAAGCAACCUAACGAACCUAUCCUACCUAUCUAUUGAGUUAAUGUAACUAUCGUCAAAACAUUACACAGGAACAUUACGAUCUGC